AUGGCUCUAAAGUCAGUUCAAGAAGGGUCAAAGAAUAAGGCCAAUAAGACUCGCAGAACAACCCAAAAUAAGAGUCGGAAAGUAGGCAUUUAUGAGGCCAAUAAAAAAUCACCGAAUUAUCCGAAUAACUAUCCGACGAAUACCUGUUGGGAUUACGUAAUCCGUUCGCCUUAUCGCUGUCCAACAAAGUUUCACAUACAAUUUCUAGAUUUUCAUCUCGAAUCGUCGACUAAUUGCACUCAGGAUUACCUAGCCAUUGGGCUCGAGAAUGACGGCGAUGAUAUGGAUCUGCUUUGCGGACAAGUGAUAGGUAUUAAGAAGUAUCACACACCGGAUGGCAUACUACGACUGCGUUUCUUGUCUGACGGCUCGCCUUGGACGGCUGCAAGGGGUUUCAAGUUACUCAUUACACGCUUGGCUUGCGAGCGCGAGGACUACUUGCGCGAGUUGCUCGAUGGCAACGAUGAGGACACAGAGGAAGUGUUGGCGCCUACGCUAGAGUUGAAACCUCCACAAGGCACAAUGCCGCAGCUGUUUCGGAAUUUGACGCAAACGGAGCAGCACAUACCUUAUCCAACACAGCCGUUGUUCGGUUGGAACUUACCCGAACGUUUGCCGGGAUAUUUACCUGGACAAUUUCCCGUACUGCAACCACCGCCACCGCCAGCGCUUGGCGGCCUCUACGCGCCGCUGCCAAAUCGACCGCAUGCGCCAAGUCUUGACAAUAACAAGCCAUGUAUACCCGAACAAGCGCUGGGUAAUCCAUAUCCACCAUACCCACAAUACCCAGCUGUGCGCUAUAGAAGCAAUGACGCGCAGCAGCCUUUAAGCGCCGAUCAGUAUGUGGCAGUUUUGCCACCGCGGGCGCAAAGCAACCAGCAGCAAGCGCGAGAAUCGGAAAAUAAGUCUCAAGCUGAUUUGUUGGCAAAAUCAGUGAACGAGGCGCAGCCGCGGCAACAAUUCGGUGGUGGUGCGUUGUUUGGAUCGCCGUUUAAUAGUUUUCACUCAACCAUAGCACAAUUAAGCAGUCCGCAGCUGGCUGGAGCACCCUUUGCCGGCGGAGCGCCGCAGCUAGACGCCACAGCGCAAAACCCAACUCCACAAGGCGGUGCGUCAGUUGAGCCCGCCAUCACCUCAGCGUCCGCGCAGCAAUGCUGCACCUCUUCCUUCCACCAAAAACGCUUCUAUCUUUCCAGCCCGGGAUUUCCACGCACCGCUUUCACUUCACUCUUGCCAGCACAGCAGCGUGACUGCAAAUUUGUGCUAGAGAAACAUGCGGAUAACAUCUGUCGGCUGCGCAUCGAAUUCAAAUUCUUCGACUUUGGACAAUCUUACGCGGGUACCGGUGAUAUACAGGGAAAUGUGAAUGUCGCCAUUAGCACUACCAAAGAUGUUUGCACGGAAGACUAUAUCGAGAUAGACGGCGCGCGGUUUUGCGGCUGUCGCACUGGAUAUAUCUACACGAGCCCAUGGGGUUUGGGCGCAAAGCAGAUACGCAUGCGCAUGGGCUAUUCCGGCAUACCGUCGAGUGGUUUUCUACUCGAAAUCUAUCAAGAGGAAUGUCAAGAGACUGCUUUCGUUAAACCGCCGCUGCCUGCACAGGAUGCGCUGUCGCCAGCAAGUGGCGUGCAAACGGGCGGUACACAGGGUAAUACGAAUGUGGGGCAACACCAGAAUUUAGUGGGCAACCAAAAUCCCUUGAAUACUAUGCCACAAAACUUUCUAAGCCAACAGCAAUUGCCCUUAUACCAGCAGCCGCCAUAUUUUACGCAACCAGCGCAGGCUGGUCUGCCGUUAGAUCAGAUACCUUAUCGUCCUCUGCACACUGGCGGCAAUUUUAAUCCCUUCUUGGCAGCUCAGCAGCAACAGCAGCAACAACUGUGGUCUCCUCCCUUUCCGCCGCCAUAUACCGACCUAGCUCAGCAGUACCCACCUUUCGGACUGUCGAUGCCCUUCUAUCGUCACGCAAGAACAUCGGAUUCGUUGGCUAACGCUGCAAGUACAUACAAACCCAUGACGGUUGUAGAGACGAAUUCGACGCGCAAAGAGUACUACUACUUUGAUGGUGACGAGGCGUUUGGACGUCUGCGCGCCAACGAUGAACCAGACGAUCUGGAUCGCAAUGGCGUUUCGCCGGAAGCAACAGUGCGCGAUCGUUGCAGUUUUUCAACAAUGGAUGCACUACGCUUGACAGUCGAUUCGCUGUGGAUCACCAAGCCCACUUGUUAUGCGCCAUUGCGCAGCUGGUUUAGUAACAUUUUCGGCGGCUAA